AAGCGGGACUGCUUUAUCUGCCAUCUGUGAACAAACAGGAAAAUUCUUUAUGCGAAUUGUCUUGUGCACGACCUCGACUCCGGAUUUCUGUGUUCUAGAAGAAAUGGACGGUCGUUUCUAUGAUGUCCAACGCAAAAGGUAACUGUGGAACUUCCAAAUCCAUUGAAGCUUCCAAGAGCCCUACAAGUACAAGUUAAAAUAUUAGUUUUAUUUGCUAUAGAACAAUUGGACAACAUGCUUUCCAAUUGUGGUGAUACAAUUGAUAUAAUUGCUCCUUCGCAACCAACAGUUACAGAAGGUAUCUCUAGCACCGACAGUGUUGGUACACACAGUGAUAUUUCUGCACACACUGCAAUCCUUGGAAGGCCCAAAAUGGAUGUGGCUUGUGUUUUGGACCUGCAACAACCAGAACACUUAGCGCAAAGGAGAAGAGCAUUAGAGGAAGUCAGACAAGCAUGUAAUCUUGUUAAUGCUAAUAUACAUCAUAUACAGUUUGAGAAAUUGGACUUUGGGGAGACAAAUGUACUCGACACAUUCUAUAAUGCGGAUGUGGCCGUAGUGGAUUUAAGUAUACAGCUACAGCAGUCUGCCCUGUUUUAUCAUCUUGGUGUUAGAGAAAGUUUUGGCAUGAAAGAAAAUAUAUUAUUACACAAUGAUAUGGAUACAGAAACAACAAUUAGGCUUAAGUUGUCAUGUGGCAGCUAUACAUUUGUGUCAUACCGUGUGGUAGACUGUGGUUCGUGUGUAGCUACAAAUCCAGCUACUACCAGAAUUACUGGGGAGGAAGCUAUAGAUCCGAAGCAACACUUAACAUUGAGGCUUAAAAAGUUGUUUGAAGAUGUUGAAGUACAGUCUAAAGCACACAUGAAAGAAAAGUUCCUAGCAGACUUACGAAAAGCACGGGAAACGUAUUCGGGUGAAGAGCUUUCGAAAGCUCUAAACAACAUGCGUAAACGCUUGGAUGACCCGAAUGUGUUGUCUGGAGAAGUUGUCUUAAAUGUUCUUAUUUCUUUUCGUGAGAUACAGGAUUAUGAUGCAAUGGUGCAACUGGUCGAUGAUUUGAGAACUAUACCAACGCACAAAAAUUAUAUCAAUACUCCGGCUAUUCGAUAUCUGUACGCGUUUGCGUUGAAUCGACGAAACAAAGAAGGCGAUAGAGAAAGAGCGUUGAAAGUUAUAGAGAAAGCUUUAGAAAAGAAAGAGAAUCAUGUUCCUGAUAUGUUAUGUUUAUGUGGAAGAAUAUACAAGGACAAAUUUGUAGAGAGUAGACACACAGACGAAGAAAGCUUAAAAAAUGCUAUCCACUGGUACAGAAAAGGUUUUGAGGUACAACCAAAUGAAUAUGCUGGAAUAAAUCUGGCCACGUUGCUGGUUAUAGCUGGGAACGAGUUUUCAAAAAGUGAGGAAUUACAACACAUAGGCAUGGUGUUGAAUAAUCUUAUUGGCAAGAAAGGCAGCUUAUCGAGUUUGAAGGACUAUUGGGAUGUGGCUACGUUCUUUGAGAUCAGUGUAUUGGCCGAGGAUUAUUCGAAAGCUAUUCAAGCCGCUGAGUGUAUGUUCAGAUUGAAGCCGCCAAACUGGUACCUGAAAUCGACAAUAGGGAACAUAUCGCUGAUAGAUAGGAUUCGUAAAAAGAAUGAAGAAGCAGAGGUAUCACCAGAGGAGCAAAUAUUUAGUUUUUGGAUGGACUACUUUGUCGAAGCGACGAAAUCGGAAGUUGGAGAUAGUAUACGGUUUCCACUCUUAGUGCUGGAACCGUCGAAGAUCUUAAUGCCAAGCUAUGUAAACGUUAACCUCGGAGCAGAAGAGAAAUCAGUUCAACUUUGGAACUUGUGCUUGGACAAUAUGAAGAACAGUUGCAAACAAGUCCACGAUUGGCUCUUCACUGCGAACAUGAUACGUAGUGUAAGCCUGUAUAAACGAGAUGAACGCUGCCUUUUUUUAUAUGUACAUCAGAACUCUGAUGAUUUCCAAAUGUUCUUCCCCUCUGUCCAAUGCAGACAAAGGUUCUACGAUUUAAUUCUGGAAAUGACCAGAGAUCAAGAAGGCAUGGUCACAGAUUUGGAUGCAUAUCUGACUGACGAUAGAAUGAAGUUUGAGUAUGAAUUGGAUGAUCAAAAUAAACGAAUAAUACUGGGUAAAGGCACCUAUGGCGUUGUCUACGCGGCGCGAGAUUUGGACACACAAGUUAGAAUUGCGGUCAAAGAAAUACGUGAACGAAACUUGGGAGAUGUGCAACCUCUGCACGAAGAAAUUAAGUUGCACAGUCAACUGAGACAUAGGAAUAUUGUUCAGUACCUUGGAUCAGUAAGCGAAGAUGGAUAUUUUAAAAUAUUCAUGGAGCAAGUUCCUGGAGGAAGUUUAUCAGCUUUGUUGAGAUCAAAAUGGGGCCCCUUGAAGGAAAAUGAGUCUACAAUCGCUUAUUAUACUAAACAAAUUUUAGAAGGCUUGAAGUAUCUACACGAUCAAAAAAUUGUUCAUCGGGAUAUCAAAGGUGACAAUGUUCUGGUGAAUACAUACAGCGGUGUAGUGAAAAUUUCAGACUUUGGUAUGUCAAAACGUUUGGCUGGUUUGUGUCCUAGUACAGAAACAUUUACUGGGACGUUACAGUAUAUGGCACCGGAAGUGAUCGACAAAGGACAACGUGGUUAUGGGGCUCCUGCAGACAUUUGGUCUCUGGGUUGUACCAUUGUAGAAAUGGCUACUGGUAAACCACCAUUUAUAGAAUUGGGUUCUCCCCAAGCUGCUGUAUUUAAGGUCGGAUAUUACAAAAUACAUCCCGAGAUUCCGUCAGAACUGACGGAAAGAGCAAAAAGUUUCAUACUACGUUGCUUUGAACCAAAUCCUGAUAUAAGGGCGACCGCAGCUGAGUUACUAGAAGAUCCAUUUUUAAAUGAAAAGAAGAAAACUAAUCGGUUGGUAGCUCCACCAGAUUUUAGUCGUAGCAUCUCCGUACCGGCUGACAGGUUUGAACGCUUAGGAAAGUCUGAUAAAACAAACAACAAUCAUAUUGUUUCCGCUGCUCCUAUACAGACGUCGCAAUCAGACGAUAGUGUUACAUACAGUGGAGGGCUGACUAAGUCUAGCCCACUGAGGGAGCGCAGUCCAGCACACCUUCUGUCUCCCAUCAGCAUGCCCACUGCAACCUUAUCUUUUAACAGCACUAUUGGAAAUACACCCUCCAUAGAAACAAGUGAAUCGGAUACAACAGGAGCUUCGAUGACUAGAAGAAGUUCUUCAGGGGGAUUAUUAUCCCCCGAAGUUGAAUUGGGAGGUCAACCUGGCCAAAAGACUGGAGAAGAACAAGAAGGUUUUUAUUUACUGAAAAAAGAAAGUCAGAGAAGAAUGACGCUCACCAGAGUCCUCACGCAAGAUGAAGCGAAGAUUUGUGAAGUUUGGAUGAGGGGUAUACAUCAGGCAGAAGGCCAAACUGUUCUCCAAUCAACCCAUUUAGUGCUGUUAAUGCGAGCUUUAAGAGAUUACAUUGCUGAUCAAAAUCAUGAGGUAAUAGUGACGGCCAUCAGAACAUUAAAAGAAGAAUUGGAUUUCGACUCCAUCGCCAUUAAUCACCUAAAUCUGGCAAUUUACCUCUUUCAAACCGCGGUGAACGAAGUUCUGCGUAUGCACAGUAUAAAACCGCAUUGGAUGUUUGCGUUGGACAAUUUAGUCAGAAAUGCGGUUCAAGCCGCUAUCACUGUACUGUCUCCUGAGCUUGGUGCCAAUUUACUCGGUCAAGAACGCGUGCAACCAAGCGGCCAAGGACCUGAAGAGGGAUCCACGUCUGGUGUGUCCACCGUAAACUCCGUGAAAUCACAGAAAACCGGAGAUUCCAUGGAUGAUAAGUACUGGAAAGAAUACCGAGAUCAAAUGGGCGAUUUAAAAAUGGAGAAUAUGAAAUUACUCCAGGAAUUAAUUGAGAGUCAGAAAGCAUACCAAGUCUUGUUGCAACAAGCUCUCGAAGAGCAGAGAGCUCAAGUUAAUACCUUAACACGGCUUUGUGACAAUAUCAAUAGGAAAACUUCAGGACAAGAAUCAGGAUACAAUUCAACUGUCUGCGGAAACACAUCUAAUCUAUCAGUACCAGUGAUUGCUGGUAAUACAUAUUCUGAAACAUCUUCUUCCAGCCCGAACGAAGCUCUUGUAGAAUGGCUGCAAAAUCUUCAUGUUGAUGAGAGGUCAAUUGAAAGGUUUAUAUAUGAACAAUACACGUUAGAUGAUAUUCUGCAUCACGUUACCCGUGAUGAUAUUCGCAGACUUAAUUUGAGAGGAGGAAUCGAACUAAGGAUAUGGCAAGCAAUAUUGAAGCAUCGACAAAAUGGCGGUGAAUAAUUUAAGAGACGAAUUCAAUUGAGUACAACACUGAAAUUGGUCGACUUCAUGCAGGGUAAAAUACUUGUUCAAAACACAGCUGCCACGAAAUGCCGUUGAAUAAUGAAAAGAGUUGCCAGCUGAUUGAAUAAUAAACGGAACACCUGUGUCGUUUGUUAGUAUGUCCGUGGACUGAAUCUUCGCAGAGUUUUUAAAUGCACAAAAUGAUAUUAUUAGUUUAUCUUGUAGUUCCUAAAUAUAGAUUAUUUAAUAGUUACGAGGCAGGUGUGUGUACAUAGGACAAAUUUCGCAUAUAUACUGAUUUGUUUCGCAUGAAAUUGUUACGGUUGAAAUUCAAAGAAUUUGAGAAUAUACUCCACAAAACUAUGUCGCACAGAAAUCAGUAUUGCCGUGUCGAGUAAACCUACGGGUUGUCGAUACUGCUCGACCCGUUAGUUUAGAAUUCUGAUCUUGCCAAGUUUAAGAAAUCGACAUCCGGAAACGAAUAUUGUUUACCUACAAAUUUGUCGACGCUACUGCCAGAAAAAAUUUAUAUUAUCAAAGGGAAAAGAGAAUUAAAUACACGUAGAAAGUUGCCUUGUGCAUUCGUGUUUUAAAAGACCAGAAGGUACGAAGAGUUACCGGUAAAGGCUGAAACAUGAACGGAAGCUAGGGCAUGCGUUUAUUUGCACGUCUCGUGACAACGCAACAACGAAAACUAUCAAACUGAAGCCAUCCGAGGAUCGUAGUGCCUUACAAACCAGUGUAAUAGUACAAGAGAAAAUAUUUAUUACGUGCAAACGAUCACGUUUUGUUAUUGUAUUUCUAGAUUUCAGAAGGUUUACGCGUCUUCCUAGACGCACACGGAAAGAAGUUCAUGCGUGUCGUAGUUUAUGUAUAUACAUGUGCUUGUUACACAUUUUAAUAGAACGUUCCGUGAUUAACAGCAGCUGAAAGUCUGCUAUUAUGUUUCAUUGAUCUUUGUAGAUAAUUACUUUUAUAUAACGGCUGAUGUCGUGUUUUCUUGUGCAGCCAUUUGCGCAGUGAAAUCAUGCUUCCUUUAUACAUUGUAUAGAGCAACAAAUAAAAGUGUCUUCUAGCGCUCGAACGCAGUGAUAGACCAUGAUCGAUCGACACAAGUGCCUAAACGCAUCAGGGAUACCCAUAAUAUCGAUUCAACUCAAUUAUAUUUCCAUGUUAACGCGCGUUGAUCUACAUUUGAGACGAAACGUUGUUCGAGGCGAUCAGAGUAUGCUUCACGGAUUAAAACCUGCAGAUUUUCUCGGAUCGAUGAUGUUCGCAAUUGUCCUUCGUUAUUGUUUAUCUUAAGCACCGAAACAGAUAGAAUAAAUUCGAAUCGCAACAAAGAUUCCGCAAUCCUCUAACCACACUGUUCUUUAAUGUUGCUACUUUCAUGCGCUAUAAUCCAUGGAAGAUAUUGCUGCGCUGGUUACGUGUUGUCUUAUCACGAGCUGCUCAAACAUCCAGCUCUCUUCAAUUGUUUGUUGAUCGCAGCGCAGCACAGCGCAAUUCUACGUCUGCGUUUUAAAUUAACGAAAAAUAAUCUGUCAAGAUGUUACACGCGCAUCCGAUUGUUCGCCGAUAGUAACCGUCAACGCGAGCACCUCGAUUAACAUUUAAGACGUUUCCAUUGCCGUUCCCAUUCACUGUACUCGUUAGGAUUAAUUAUCCUCGUUAUUCUUGCAGGCUGAAAUUUGUAAUAAAGAUUCCAGCGAACAUAUAACGCGUCUCCUUUCGUUCCCUCCACAUCCCACGGAUCACGGACGAGGGUUGCUCGGUAAGGGA